AUGGCGCUCACAGUUCGUCAGGCUAUCGGUGUUGGGGUCGCCGUCGGCUUCGCUGGCUCCCUCAUCCUCAUAGCCGUGACAUUUGGCAUAUCUCGAAUCAUCUCCGCCUACUACGUGCCUCCCAAACGCGCCAUCGCCAUGCAACCACAGCCUUCGCCUGCCAUACUGGCUCCACCGCCAGAUGCGAUCAAGGAAAUGAACAUUGGCGUGCAUGCAAUCUCGGGCACUGCAGAACUCAAAGAGGCUGAGAGUUUUGAGUAUCAAUUCGGGAACUUCACCAGGGUUUUCUUCGGCCGUGGCCUCCAUGGGAAGCCAGAUGUUCCAGAGUCUCUUUUCGAUGAAUCUGAGCUCGUUCGUCUAGCUGGGGAGCCUGUCAAUGGCGGGACCUGGUCCCAGUCUAUCAGCAACGUUUCCACGCGAGACCCGGCCAUUAGGUGCUUCCUCGCACAAGUCGUCUACAAGCGCAUGCAACCUACCUGCCCUGUUGAUGACUGCCUUCUUCCUCCCGAGGUCUCUAGCUGCUACCAGCUUGUGUGCCGGGUCUACGAUAUUCCUAAAAGGAUCAGGCCCAUCGCUGCUUGGCGCGAAAGCAUACUUAUGCUCCUGGACUACCCCUGGUCCCUUGAGCCAUUACCAUGCGGGCCUUUCGAAGAUGGCGACCCCAGGAAGGAAAGAGUUCGGGCCAUGGUUCCAGCUAUCGUCAAUGCCUUGCAGCCAGAGGCGCUCAGAACGGACCACCCACGAAAUGAUCGAUUCGAGAAUCACAUGGCGGACAUUCUUGAGAGGGCUGCCAACUUUGCAAUCGUUCUUCUAGGUCAGCCCACAGAGUGGGAGGCAGUGUGGUCUUCAACCAAGCCGGGGUUUAUUAUUUACCCUGGGCUGAGUCAAUCUAAAGAGUAUGCCAAGUCUGGUGUUGCUGAAGCGCCCCCUCAUGGUUCCUCGCAGCUGCGUGAGCACAAGACUGCUGAGCACAAGACUGCCAGGGACGGCACCACUCUCCGGUUCUCACUACAAAGAUAG